AUGAUAGCGUAUGUCAUCGUUAAAAUAUACAUCAAAAAGGUGAUAAAAUACAACAGAGACAAAGUGGACAUAGAGCAUGUUCUGGAUCUACCAGACGCGGAGAAACUGUUCUACAAGAACAAGGAGUUCCCACCACAAUACAACAAGUACAUAACGCAACAGAUAAACACAUUAUCAGAAAUCAACCCAAAAAUAAAAGACAAAAAGAUUGCCAUAAAAAUACGUGAAAAUGACGAUUUCAAGGUAAGCAGAGAUGAUAUCAACAGCAUGCUGAUUCGCAAAGAUAUUCCAGCAGAUAACAGCUGUGGAUUCCAUGCAUUCUUGAGCCUAUUUUUUAGGUACCUGAAACCUAACGGAUCCACUGUCUUCAAAGUGCUCUUCUCAUACGAAUACUUUAAGUACUGCGUGAACUACAAAAUAUUCAUAUACUGGAGAAACAAGGCAAUAGACGUCGUAAGAUACAACGAUACGUACGAGAGUUGCACACAAAGAGAACAGUAUUUGCUCGUAUUCUACAUUCGACUAUUUGUGUCUGCUGUUCUGUACAACAAGCAGAAGAAGCUCAUUCCAAUACAGAAAGACAGGUUAUUCAAGAACAUAUUCAAGUAUGCGGUGAAUUUGGACGAAUGGAUGGAUCAACAGUGUUUGGGUGCACUAGCAAAAGGACUAAAUAUCAAAAUCAACGUAUUCGACAACAACAGCAACAAUCCGUACACAACUACGUUUGAUUUCACCAAAAACAAGGCAAAGAUAUCUCUGUACCUGAUAUUAGCGAAUAACCACUGGGAACCGGUUGAAAUGGUCGAAGAUAAACCUGAGGAAUAA